AUGGGCAGCGCCGAAUCGACCCCGCAGCUCCCAGCUCGCUCCGUAUCUCGACCUGGACGCCGCACCAUCAUACGAGAGUCAGUUCAGGCUCCAGCCUCUACGAGCUUUGAUGAGAAGUUCGACGCUCUGAAGAUCGAUCGUGCCGAUGCAGAAGAUAUCAAGCGGAUCAUAACGUCGUCUGAUAAUCCCGAACAUGUGGAUGCAGCUGCCACAGAGCAAUAUGUCCGGGAGCUGUUGAAGGAUAGCAAGAACCGCCUCGGCCUAUCUGCUUUGAGCACGAACAAUCCUGCCGCUAUUCUGGAGAGGCCAAAUACUGUCCUCAAGGACAAGCAGUUCUUCAAUGUGAAGAUUCCUCAUGAGGGUUCGCCUGUAAGUGCCUCCUAGACCUAUACCGGGUACCGCGUUGAUCUUGUUCAGGUCACGAACCAGCGCUCUUCGGGAAGAUGUUGGAUUUUCGCCGCCUGCAAUGUCUUUCGCAUUGCUAUCAUGCAGAAGUACAAUAUCAAGAGCUUUGAGCUCAGCCAAGCGUACUUGUUCUUCUGGGAUAAGGUAGAGAAAGCAAACUACUUCCUUGAGUCGAUCUUGGAUACCGUUGGCGAGGAUGUCGAUAGCAGAAUCUUGGGCGCUCUUAUGGCUUCGCCUGUCGGAGAUGGUAAGUCGUUAGCGGUUCCCAUAUAUAUCGUAAGCGCUAAAUUUGAGCUCUUAACUUCACAGGUGGACAGUGGGAUAUGAUUGUCAAUCUUGUGUCGAAGUAUGGUAUUGUACCCCAGACACUCUACCCAGACUCUUGGAACGCCAAGAAUAGCUCUGUCAUGGACCGCAUUAUUACGACAAAGCUACGAGAAGAUGGCUUGAGGCUCAGGGACCUGCAGUCGAAAUCGGCAUCGGCAGAGAAGAUCUCGCAAGCCAAGGAGCGCAUGUUGCAGGAUGUCGUUCGCAUCCUUACCCUAUGCUUGGGACCUCCUCCCUCAGCCCAUGACAAGUUCACCUGGGAGUUCUACGACGGAUUCAACAAUUUCAAGAGCGUCUCCAUGACGCCCGUUCAAUUCGCCGAGACUACUCACGUAACGCGCUUCUUCUCGCUGGUGAACGACCCAAGGAACGAGUACAAUCGCCUCCUCACCGUCGACCAUCUCGGUAAUGUCUGGGAUGGCAGACCCAUCACAUACGUCAACGUCGACAAGAUCGUAAUGAAAGAAGCCUGCGUCGCCAUGCUGAAGAAAGGUCUCCCCAUCUUCUUUGGUUCCGACGUGGGCAAGCAAUUCGAUUCCGCGAAAGGGAUUCUGGAUACCGAACUCGUCGACUAUGAGCUCGGGUUCAACGUCAAGCUGGGCAUGUCCAAAGCUGAAAGGCUGUUGACGGGCGAGAGUCAGAUGACACAUGCUAUGGUUCUGACGGGUGUACACCUGGAUGCAGACAAUGCUCCCGUGCGGUGGAGGAUUGAAAACAGCUGGUCCGAGACUGCAGGGUCGGAGGGAUACCUCGUCAUGUCUGACAAGUGGAUGGAUGAGUUUGUCUACCAGGCCGUCGUGGAUCCUGCCUUUGUGCACAAGGACGUCAAGGAUGUCCUGAAGCAGAAGCCAAAAGUCCUGCCACUCUGGGUAAGUUUGAACGUGCCACUACAGAUUUGGGAGCAUCUCUGACUUUCUUUUUCUUCACAGGACCCGAUGGGAGCUCUUGCUUAG